AUGGUAGUCAUGUACAUCACUGUGAGUGAAAAAGCCAUGUUAAAAAUCUUGAGAAGCGACAUCUUUAAGACUGGAAUGAAUGAUGCGAAACUGAAAUUAGCUGUUAAAUUAAUCGUAAACACUGCUAUUGCCAGACGAAUCCAAAACAUCCAGUUGGCUUUCCAUCCUUCAGACGGUUUGCGGAGGGGGAGGCACUCCAAAAAAAUCGCUACCGCGAGAGUAGGUAUCGGAGUGAGCAAGCACACGAAGAUUACACGAAUGCGAGAAGUGGUAUCGCAGUAUGCAUUAAAGCUUUCGAGACGUUCAACAGAAUAA